UUAUGCGGUCCUGGGCGCCAUCCUGGGGUAGUCCUUGGAACCGUGGUGGUAGCGUUCUUCGGGCAUCCUCCGGAGGGGUGCUGGGGAUUCGGGGAAGAGCCUCUGGGGGAAGGCUCCUUGGGGCUGUUCUGGGAGGGAACCUCCAGGGGGUCCUCGGGGGCAUUCUGGGGAGUUCUGGGGGGACCUGUGGGAUCCUCGGGCCGUCCUGGGGGGAUCCUCGGAGGGGGUCUAAGACCCCUUGGGGUCUUAAGGGGGAAGAACUUCCGGUGGGAUCCUCCGGCCGUCCUGGCGGGGGCUCUCGGGGGACAACCUCCAGGGCUCCUCGGGCGGUCCUCGCAGCGGCGGCCACACCGGCCGGCGUCCCACGGCCGCGAACCUGGUUAGCGCAAUGGGGAGGGUAUCAGUCCAUACUCUGGAGGUGGAGCGCUGUGCCCUCACGCACGUCCUCAUUUGGCAAAAAGCUGCCGUCGUGCGACUUUAGCAGCAUUCUUUUUCCGUGCUCCGUCCAGGCGCGGACCCCGGGCCUGAGACCCGAAGGCGUCAGUCAGGUGGUGGCUGGGCCGCGGGGCGCAGGUCAGCUCACCCCGCUGCGAGCCAGUGGUCCAGUUCCUUCGUGGUGGUGGGCGGGGCGAGCGGCGCGGGGGCGUGGCCCGAGGCUCCUGGGCNCGGGCGCGGCGGCGCUGUCCGGGGCGCUGGGCGGCCGGGGCGCGGGCCCCCAGCCGCCCCCGCGCUGCUCGCUGCUGGAGCUGCCGCCGGAGCUGUUGGUGGAGAUCUUCGCCUCGCUGCCCGGCACCGACCUGCCCAGCCUGGCCCAGGUCUGCACCAAGUUCCGGCGCAUCCUGCACACCGACACCAUCUGGAGGCGGCGCUGCCGGGAGGAGUAUGGCGUUUGUGAGAACCUGCGGAAGCUGGACAUCACGGGCGUGUCUUGUAGAGACGUCUAUGCCAAGCGUAUAAACCCUCGUGUGAAGUCGGGACGUUUCAUGAAAAUUCUUCCCGAUUACGAGCACAUGGAGUACAGAGAUGUUUACACCUGCCUGCUCCAUCGGUACAGACACAUUCUGGGACUGUGGCAGCCAGACAUCGGGCCCUACGGGGGACUGCUGAACGUGGUGGCACCUCUUCGCACAGACAGACCGCGAGGACAGGCCCCAGGAGCACUGCCCUCUGCCUUCCAAGUAUCAGGCUCACUGAAGGCCAGAAGCACUGACGAGCUGAGAGCCAUGGUCCUGGUGGACGGCUUGUUCAUCAUUGGCUGGAUGUACUUGCCUCCCCACGACCCUCAUGUGGACGACCCGAUGCGAUUCAAGCCCCUGUUCAGAGUCCACCUGAUGGAGAGAAAGUCUGCCACGGUGGAGUGCAUGUACGGCCACAGAGGGCCCCACAACGGCCACAUCCAGAUUGUGAAGAAGGACGAGUUCUCCACCAAGUGCAACCAGACGGACCACCACAGGAUGUCUGGCGGGAGGCAAGAGGAAUUCCGAACGUGGCUGAGGGAAGAAUGGGGGCGGACGCUGGAGGACAUUUUCCACGAGCACAUGCAGGAGCUCAUCCUGAUGAAGUUUAUCUACACCAGUCAGUACGACAACUGCCUGACCUACCGCCGCAUCUACCUCCCGCCCGGCCGCCCGGACGACCUCAUCAGGCCCGGCCUCUUCAAAGGCACUUACGGCAGCCAUGGCCUGGAGAUCGUCAUGCUCAGCUUCCAUGGGACGCGUGCCAGGGGCACCAAGAUCACAGGUGACCCCAACAUCCCCGCCGGGCAGCAGACGGUGGAGAUUGACCUCAUGCGCCGCAUCCAGCUGCCCGAUGUGGAGAGCCUCCGCAACUUCAAUGAGCUGUCCCGCAUCGUCCUGGAAGUUCGGGAGCAGCUGCGCCAGGAGCAGCAGCAGCAGGAGGACGGGCUCGGGGGCGGCGAGGGCGGCGGCCAGCAGAGCCCCCGGGAGCCCCAGCGGGGCCCUGCCCAGCCCAGUGUGGAGCUGCCUCCUGAGAAGGUCGGGCAGCCUGGCGAUGGAGAGGCCGCAGCUGCGGCCGCCCCUGCACCUGAGCAGCCCGCCCAGUCCGGGCAGGGACAGCCGUUCGUGUUGCCCGUGGGCGUGAGCUCGAGGAACGAGGACUACCCCCGCACCUGCAGGAUGUGUUUCUAUGGGACAGGCCUCAUUGCCGGCCACGGCUUCACCAGCCCUGAGCGUACCCCUGGGGUCUUCAUCCUGUUCGACGAGGACCGGUUUGGGUUCAUCUGGCUGGAGCUGAAAUCCUUCAGCCUGUACAGCAGGGUGCAGGCCACCUUCCGGAACGCAGAGGCGCCGUCCCCACAGGCCUUCGAGGAGAUGCUCAAGAACAUCCAGUCCCUGACCUCCUGAUGGGCCACUUCCCUGCGGGGCAGCUCCCAGGGCCCCGGGUCCUGCACCUGGGAGAGGAAGCAGCAUGCACUCUGGAGAUUUGGCCUCCGACCAGAGCACCCACCUUGGAGGGGUCUCGGCCCAGCCACCCUGAGACUCUUUGUAUGGAGUGUGCAACAUUUGCGUGUGUCCUCAUCAGGAGCUCAUAGGAAGCAUGUCUUACGAAAAGAAACAAAGAGAAAGAACCAGGACAGGACUGAUUGAGAGGGCUGGCUGCAGAGUUUUGUGAACAACUCAAGUGGAGAAAUUGGGUUUGUCCUUGGCCUGCUGGCAGUUUUCAAGGGACAGGCCAAGCUACCCUGGGGGCUGAUAAGGAGGAUUGUGGGGGGGACGUGCCAGCCCCUCUGCAGGAGGCGAGCGAAAGCAGCUACAGGCUGGCAAGGGCCUGGGUGAGGGCGGCCUGGGUGUGGGGCAGUAUACGCACAAAGGGAGCUCCGGUGGGGGAGGGGUGUCGGGGAUGCUGGGCCAGGACCCUGGACUGAAUUCCCUUUUCUCUACUAACCUGCUUGGAUUUUGGACAAAAGCAUUUCACCUCUGACAUGUUUGAGCGUCAGUGCAGUGAGGUCAGUGAUGGGGGCCGGUAGGGAACGGCAGCUUGGAGGUCCUGGCCUCUCUCCACUUUUGAGUCAAGACCUUUGCUGCAGCCAGUUCCAGACAGGGCUUUUGUUUGCACACCCCCCACCCACCUCCUGCCCAUGCUCUGGUGUCAGAACCCCUAGUUGAACCACUUGUCCCAGAACCUGCCCCAGAAUUCGGCAGGGCCACAUCUUCUGAAGCAACCCUGCAUUUUCCCAUUUGCACAGCAUAUACAGGUGCUGUUCUUGGAAGGGUGUAAGCAGCAGAGUGGUUGCACAGAUGACUUUGGAACCCCUCUGCGGGGAACAGGGCAGCUUUCUAGAAGUCACCCCCCACGUAUGGAAUGCACUUUGGUGACCAGGGCCUCUUGGGGCCCUCCAGGGUGGAGACCCUAAGCACGGACCCUUCUGAGGGUGCUGUGCCUGUGUCCCACUGACACCUGCAUUUGGGGACCCACUGUAAGGUCUCUGCUGAUCUUAGUGUCUCCUGAACAACAGAGUCCUAAAUGCACGUAGACCCCCAAGAAUUAGUUGCAGCUCCGCCUCCAGCCUGUAGAGAGCUACCGCAAUGCUCACCUUCCAUGGGGGGCGGCUUCACUGGGGAGGCAGCCGACCUUGUCUCCCUCUCUGUUGCUCAUCCUUGCUGGGUGGACUGUGCUGAGCCCUCAUGCCGGGAGCAAGGGACCCCAGGGAAGGGGGCAGCUUUGUGGUGCCUUCAUAUAGAGACCAACCUGAGAUGUCCCAUGAAACAUGUUUUCCUGACAAAUUUCUCCCUGACUGGCCUUUUUUUAAAAAAUAAAAAAUCCCUAUUGCUCUAGCUUCAGUACCUUGGCAACUUUGAACUUCCUUUGCUUCCCAGAAUCGUAGAAUUGGUAGCUCUGGGGCAUGGUUCCCCAAAGGUAGACCUUCUAGGAGGUUCUUCCCAGACUCCUGACUCGGGAAGGAGGCAAGCCGAGAAGGUGGGGUUCUCUCUGGCCGGCUGUUGGAGACACCGUGGCUCACCUCCCACAUCCUUCUAGCAGGACCUGAGACGUGGUCCUAGUUUUUGUGUCUUCUGCAGGACGGAGCCUCCAAGUGCUGUCACGCCUGCCCCCCUCGUGGCUGUUACUCUGUGUCCCGUGCCAGGCACGGCUGCUCGUGCAUGGUGGUAGCCGCGGCCAUGAAGCCUCAGGGAGAACAGGUGCAGGCCAGCGGGGUGCACGGGUGCCAUGCUCCAUGUUUCACCUGAGCCUGAGGCUUUCUCGAAGGCGCUCUGCCCGAGACCUCCCCUUGUCUGUAAAGCCCACUCAGAUUGAAGGUGAGCCUUUCUGAUGGAAAACCAGCCUUGAACCACACAGUGGCACCUGCCUGUGGAGUGUGGGCCUCUUCAUGGUUUCCGCUAGCAGUGGCUGUUAGCUGCCUUCACGUGGGUCCCUGUCUCUGGUUUCCGGCAGGGCCGUGUGGGGCCGACCAGUGUGGCAGCAGCCUGGGCGAGGGCUUGUCACCUGUACAGCCGGGCAUCCAGCGUACGUCUUGUUUCCCACGUGGUGGAACAGUGACCAGUUCUGGUUUCUGGUUCGGUAGGCGAGUGUGCAGAACCUGUGCAAACCAGCCCCAGCGCCCGUGCCUGAGGGCACAGCGGGCAAGCAGCCCAUCUGGGCAGCUUCCAGCCGGCAGUUCAGUGCAGGUGGGGAUUCAGGAAGGCUGAAGUCAUGGUUGGAAGCCUGAAGGCAGCUGGGAGUUUGAUAACGCAGGUCCCCACAAGGAGCCCGAAUGACCCAAGUUAGGGACUGUCUGUGCCCGUGUGGUGCUUGAUUCGGGGAAGGUGGCGGUGGACUGGGUGGGUCUGGACAUCUUCCCUGGUUGGCAGCACCUUACUUGCCCCUGUGCUGCUGUGAGGUGAGUGGAGGAGAGGAGCUUGAGGGCGCGUCUGCAUACCUGGGCAUGUGCUGCUGUUCUACUUGACGGGAAGUGACGCGUUCGGAGAUUUCAGUUGUGAAUCCUCGGAGAUUCUUACGUAUUGGCCCUGAAUGUUCACUGCAGGAGGCUUUUGUAAAUGACCUUACUUUUUGGUUAUGUGACUCAGGGUUGGUGGUCUGUCUGGUUUUGUCGGCCCACCCAGCUCAGACCUGCAGUGUCUGCUGGGUGGGAGCAGGUUUGGAGGCUUCCUGGUGGUGGGAGUUCCAGAAUCCUUCCUCCCACAAUCCAGGCUGGGCCUCCCUUCCUGGCCUCACCCCUCGGUCCCUCCGUCCGGGCUGGUGCUGAGGGCUGCAGCCUCCCGCCCCUCCCUCCCUCCCCUCCUGCUGCAUCCCAAGCAGCUUAGGCUGGGCGUCUGUACCCCUGGCGUUCCUCUUGGCUGAGGCGGAGGAUGGGAGUGCUCCCAGCUCAGGCUAGCUUCAGGAGCAGGCUGGCCUCCGUUCCCCACUUCCCGCAGAGCAAGCUCCGAGCGAGUCGGCCCAUUGGACGUUCUCCUUCCGAGAACUUGGGGUUUCCUGCUGUGGCCGCUCCCUUAGCAGCUCAUCCUCCGUGCCCCAGCAGCUGCAGCGGUUCAGGGCUGGUGUCAGUUUGCGGGGGGCCCGUGUGUUCUCACACUGCUGUAGUACUCACCAGCAGUGACGGAGGGGAGCCUGCUCCAUCCCUUGAGUUGGCAAACCCGGUCGCGGGAAUAUCGGAAUUUCUGAGCUCCUCGUGCCCACGGAGUCCGGUAUGUUGAAGACGAGCUCCCCGUGUAGACCCGGUGCUUUGGGGAAGCUGCCCUGUUCUGUCAGAAGCCCUCAUUCUGUCUCUGUCUUUGUGCUCUAACUUUUAGGAAUGCUUGCGGGAGUGUCUCAGACAGCCCUCCCUGGCUGGCGGCUCGCGUACCCCAGUCCUUGGCCAAUCCCAGAGGUAACUUACAUAGGCUGACCUCCCUGUUCUUAACUUUUGGGAGGUCUGGGACGUCAUCUGACUAUACGUUCUCAGAAGUGUUGCGAGAGUAGGAUAAGCCAGGGCGCGGUCAACCUGCAGCCGCGAGCGGGAACAAGACGGUGCCAAAUUGCCGAGUGCUCUCUGCCAUUUACGGCUCGGCGGCCUGCAGGCCAGCCUUCGGGAGGCGUGGGUGACCGGCGGCGACCCUGAGGUUUGGAAGACAUCCCCUAUUCAGGUCCUUUCUGUGCUCACAGGGAGACCCGCCAAAACAUAGGAAGGGGUCAGAACCUUUGCUUUUUCAGCCUAUUUUACUUUUGGUUGUUAUUUGAGAUCAUGUAGCCUACUUGGAGAAGAAACACAUUUCUGCCGCUCGAUCUUGAAAUCUUGAAAUCCCACGCCCUGACAGCCGGCAGGUCAGGUUGGGGGAGUUGCUGUCCAUCUCGGGCGUCGGCUCUGGCGCAGGGUGGCUGGAACAGGGACGGCGCACCCACAGCAGGGCCAGGACCCGAGGAAGCCACCACUCUGAGCCGCGCCGUGUUGUCACUGGGAUGGGACCACUGUGUGGGGCUGUUUCUCCAUAAAUCAGUUUUGGAAACCU